UGACCGACUGCAGAGGCCGCGCCGCCUCCCCCGCCCGAGGUCUGCGCGCUCCGCCGCAGGGUGCAGACCCGGGGCGCCCGCCUGGGUUUGGGGCGCAAGAGCAGAGGCGGAGCCAGGGCGGAGCCAGCGCGCCCGGUCCCCCCCGAACCGAAAGCGAAACAGGGGCCAGGGAGGAAGGGCGGAGCCGGCCCCGAGGCACCGCCCCCUGCCCUGCGCGGCUGCUGGACCGACGGGCGCGCCCAGGUAGGGGGGCGGCUGAGCCGCGCAGUGCGGACCCUCUCUGGGACCUGCGCCGCCGCCACCAUGUCUCAGGAAGGUGUGGAGCUGGAGAAGAGCGUCCGGCGCCUCCGGGAGAAGUUUCAUGGGAAGGUAUCCUCCAAGAAGGCGGGGGCUCUGAUGAGGAAAUUCGGCAGCGACCACACAGGAGUGGGGCGCUCCAUCGUGUACGGGGUAAAGCAAAAAGAUGGCCAAGAACUGAGUAACGACCUGGAUGCCCAGGACCCACCAGAAGACAUGAAACAGGACCGGGACAUUGAGGCAGUGGCGACUUCCCUCCUGCCGCUGACAGAAGCCAACCUACGCAUGUUUCAACGGGCCCAGGAUGACCUUAUCCCCGCUGUGGACCGGCAGUUCGCCUGCUCCUCCUGCGACCACGUCUGGUGGCGCCGCGUGCCCCAGAGGAAGGAGGUAUCCCGGUGCCGGAAAUGCCGGAAGCGCUACGAGCCAGUGCCAGCCGACAAGAUGUGGGGCCUGGCUGAGUUCCACUGCCCGAAGUGUCGGCACAACUUCCGGGGCUGGGCACAGAUGGGGUCCCCGUCUCCCUGCUACGGGUGUGGCUUCCCCGUGUAUCCAACACGGAUCCUCCCCCCGCGCUGGGACCGGGACACGGAUCGCCGCAGCACCCACACUCACUCCUGCUCGGCUGCUGACUGCUACAACCGGCGAGAGCCCCAUGUGCCUGGGACAUCCUGUGCUCACCCCAAGAGCCGGAAGCAGAACCACCUGCCCAAAGUGCUCCACCCCAGCAACCCUCAUAUCAGCAGUGGCUCCACUGUGGCCACCUGCUUGAGCCAGGGGGGCCUCCUGGAAGACCUGGACAACCUCAUCCUGGAGGAUCUGAAAGAGGAGGAGGAGGAGGAGGAAGAGGAGGUGGAGGAAGAGGAGGGCGGGCCCAGGGAGUGACCCCUGCCAGGUGCAGACACAAACCAGACACGGUCUGUGGCUACUUUGUGUUAUUAUAAGAUAUGAGCCCAAACCGAGAUAUGAAUGACCUUGGGGAGCCAUCUGGGGCCGAGAUAUUGGCAGGGCGGGAUUCCUGGGUCCCAUUUGCAGCGCCCAGGGUCACAGAUCCACGGAGGGGAAGUUCCGUGGGACCCACUGGCACUGAGCCACAAAGAAAGUGUGGCCAGGACAACUUGGGCUCUUGCUGACCAAUGUCCCCUGGGGCCUAGGGGACAGAGGAACAGAGUCACAGCCUCAGGGGCCGGAUGAGCAUGGCGGCCUUCCUGAGAGAGUAUGCCCCGCCAUGAAACUCGGCCCAGUAGACACCAUCCUGGUAGCGGCUUCGGUAGUGGCCGCCACGGUGCCACACACCAUUGAGGUUGGAGUGGGCGCAGGCAUGGUACCACCAGCCUCCCCGCUGGUACAGGGCACAGUUACCUGAGGGGAGAGAGAGAGAGAGAGUCCAUGUCCCCUUAUCAGAAUAAAAGCCUCUAUCUGCACCUCACAGUGUAAGGCUUUUGCCAGGCAUCCCCUGGCCCCUCCUAUUCUUAUUCAAUACAAGCCCUGAUCUUCCAUCUCUUCAGCAAAAUAGGAGCCCUGGUCCCCAAUUUUCUUCAGAGUAAUAGCCUUAAUUCCUUCCCUAUCUCCUUAUCAAAGUACAAGUCACUUCUUUCCCACCUUUUCUGCAAACUAGGAGUCUACUGCUUAUUCCUUUAUCAAAUAAAAGAAAGUAAUUAUCUACUUCCUUUCUAGAAUAAGAGUACUAGCUCUCACCCUCUGCUCUUCACCCAAACAGGAGUCUUGAUUCUUUUUUUUUUUUUUUUGCUUCAUCAGAGAAGGAAUCUGGGCUCCCUGUCCCCUCACCAGAAUAAAAGUCCUGUCCCUUGUUCUCUUGACAGAAUAAAAUCUUGCUUAUCCUAAUACUUAA